UAUGUUUUAUGACAAUACCGACACUGCUCUUUGGUUGGAAAGGACAGAUGCUCACACUUUUUUUAUAACAUCAUCAAAUAGACGAUCACUAUUAUAGGAUAAGUAUUAUACAAUUAAAUGAGUUAGCCAUUAAAUGAUGAAACAAUAAAUUGAAGCAGAUGAAUAAGAAAGAGUACUUAAAUUACAAUCUUUAUUUGCUGAAUCAAAAAAUAUAUGUUUAAAUGGAAAAGAUCCUAAAAAAUGGAGCUACGAAUAGAUUGUUAAUGAAUUCAUAAAAGGUCCAUGUGCUCCAGUCAUUUUAGUUCCAGGCUUGGCAGGAACUUCUUUAGAAGUAUUGAAUCAAUAUAAUUAUAGAUUGAAAUUGAUUGUGAAAAAUUAUAGAAAGAAAGUCCUGAAAUUUUUGAGAGUUGUGGUUGGUAAACAUGUAAUUCAUGGUAUUUUUGGUAUUCUAAACCUGAUUCAGAAUAUAGACUUUGGAUUUCUACAACAACAAGCACUGUAGGUGUUAUAUAAACUAGUUCCAAAGAUCAUUGUUUUGGUAAUUUAAUGGAAUUGAAAUAUGAUAGUGUAACUUAAAAACAUAAAGAAACUCCUGGACUUAAAGUAUAAAUAAUUAUGUAAUAUUAUAGGUAACUUAUUAUGGUAAUACACCAAGCACAUAAAAAUAUAAUGAAUGUGGUCUAGGUGGAAUCAAAGAGAUGACUGAUGACUAUAUAAUCAAAUAUAUGAUGUGUGAUUAUAAAGGAUUUCUUAAUAUUGGAGAUUUAUUGAAGAACAUGGGAUAUGUAAGUGGACUUCUAUUCUAAGCUAUUCCUUAUGAUUAUAGAAAAGGUAUUUAGUAAUCUGAGGCCAAAUAAUUAAUUAGUAAGAGCAUUUCAAAUCUAAACAAAAUAACAGGAAAAAAAGUUACUAUUUUAACCCAUUCUUUGGGUUCUCUUCAUACUCUUAAUCUACUAGGAGAAAUGACUAAAUAAGAGAAAUAGGAUUCAAUUGCCACCAUUAUGACAAUGGGAGCACCUUAUUUAGGAUCAUCUAAAGCUAUUAGAGCACAUUUGGGAGGUGAUCCUUCCUUUUUAGACACAUUUUUAGGAAUGACUGUAGGAAUCAAUUAUUUCAACUAAAAUAAAGCUAUUAAUUCAGCUUCAAGUUAAGUUGAUAUUUAUCCUAAACUUACUUUCUUCUAAUAUCAGAAUGAACCAUGGAUGUAAGAAAUUUUGAAAAGAAUUCAAUAAGAAAAAGAUUUUAUAGAAAAAAAAACAAAUAACGUAACAGCUUUAUCUUGGUUUCCAAAUCCUAAUGAAUUAUGUACUAACUUAACUGACUUUAAAUCUGAAUGUUUGAUUCAUUUGUAAGAUUUAAAGGAACAUUUUAUUGAAAUUGAAAAUAAACAAUUUACUGCUUAAGAUAUAAAGGAAUUAUUAGAUAAGUAUACUAUUAAUGGUACAUUAAUAUCAUAAUAUUAUUAAAACUACUAAUCAAAUUCAUUAAACACAUUAUAAAAUCCUGAAGUUCCAUUUAUUGUUUUAUAUGGAGGUUUUGCUUAGACUGAAUAUUAAUUCAAAUAUUUAAAGAAUCCUUAUCAUGAAGUAUUAGAUAAAUAAGAUUUUUAUUUCCCCAAUUUUACAACUUAUGCUGUUGGUGAUUAAACUGUUUUGACUUCAUCUGCUCUUACUCCUGCUAUUAAAUGGAUUUAUGAACAUUAAAAUGGCAUAAGUGAAAAUCCAAUAAAAGUCAUUCAAUAUUGUUCUAAUUAUAAAGGUUCAUUAUAGUUAGAUCUUUUUGAUGCUGUGAUUGAUGGAUAGAAAUAAAUAACUCAAAGUGGAUAUAUUGGAUUAGAAUGUGAAUGUUUGAAAAAAGGAGCAGUAUUUAAUUUUAAUAUAUAAAUAGGCCUUAAGUGACUGCAAACAUUCGUGCUUAAUAAACGACAAAUUUGUUGUUGAUCUUGUUUCAUAACUUGUACGUAACAAUCAAAAAGCCUCAAUUGAUAAAACACCAUUAGAUAAAAAUCAAUUAGAAGAUAUUGUGAAACAAUGUUCAAAUCUUUAGAUUUGAUU